GAAUUUAGGAGCAGGGUGUCGUUCCCCAUUUCCAUUCCGACAAGGCAGAGGGGAGAGGUCGAGCGGCGGAGGAGAGGAAGGCGAUUCCUUGUGUUCAUGGCGAUUUCGAGCUCAUCCACGGCAGGAUACUGACUUCUUCCUCUUGUUUCUCGUCGUCCGCGGCUGCUCUGCUACUAACUCAAUGGGAAGACUAGGGAAAGCCUGUCCCAAGGAUGUCCCGCUUGUUUCUUCAGUUGAGAGUGCUGAUUCUUCAAAAGAACCUUUCGUGCCUAACGAUUUUGCUGAUGAUAAUGUUAUGUCUUUGAAUUCUUCUGGUGAUGAUGAAGAGCUUGGCAAAGCACUUUACAAUUUCUAUGUGAAAAAUAAAGUCAAGCACCUGAAGAGGAAAUUGUCUUCUGUUAGUAGAAGGAAUGUUAGGCAGAAACGAUCUUCUGAUUUCCCUGUUUGUUCGACGUUCACUCGAUACUCUGGAAAGUUCUUCUCGGGAGUUGUUGAUGGCAUGUGUUCUAGGUAGCUUACCUUGAUCAUUUGAACUUUGGGCUUCAGUCUGUACCUGAUGUGAAACCUCGUAUGCUUGCAUGGAGAGGCAACAAAGUCAAGCAAUUUGCAGAGCUUG